AUGUCCUCCACCUCGCCCUGCACUUCACCGUUUGAGGUCAGGUUUGAGGUCAGGUUUGACGUCAGGUUUGAGGUCAGGUUUGAGGUCAGGUUUGAGGUCAGGUUUGAGGUCAGGUUUGAGGUCAGGUUUGAGGUCAGGUUUGAGGUCAGGUUUGAGGUCAGGUUUGAGGUCAGGUUUGAGGUCAGGUUUGACGUCAGGUUUGAGGUCAGGUUUGAGGUCAGGUUUGAGGUCAGGUUUGAGGUCAGGUUUGAGGUCAGGUUUGAGGUCAGGUUUGAGGUCAGGUUUGAGGUCAGGUUUGACGUCAGGUUUGACGUCAGGUUUGAGGUCAGGUUUGAGGUCAGGUUUGGGGUCAGUUUUGGGGUCAGGUUUGACGUCAGGUUUGAGGUCAGGUUUGAGGUCAGGUUUGAGGUCAGGUUUGAGGUCAGGUUUGAGGUCAGGUUUGAGGUCAGGUUUGAGGUCAGGUUUGAGGUCAGGUUUGACGUCAGGUUUGAGGUCAGGUUUGAGGUCAGGUUUGAGGUCAGGUUUGAGGUCAGGUUUGAGGUCAGGUUUGAGGUCAGGUUUGAGGUCAGGUUUGAGGUCAGGUUUGAGGUCAGGUUUGAGGUCAGGUUUGACGUCAGGUUUGAGGUCAGGUUUGAGGUCAGGUUUGAUGUCAGGUUUGAGGUCAGGUUUGAUGUCAGGUUUGAGGUCAGGUUUGAGGUCAGGUUUGAGGUCAGGUUUGAUGUCAGGUUUGAGGUCAGGUUUGAGGUCAGGUUUGAGGUCAGGUUUGAGGUCAGGUUUGACGUCAGGUUUGAGGUCAGGUUUGACGUCAGGUUUGAGGUCAGGUUUGACGUCAGGUUUGAGGUCAGGUUUGAGGUCAGGUUUGAGGUCAGGUUUGAGGUCAGGUUUGAGGUCAGGUUUGAGGUCAGGUUUGAGGUCAGGUUUGAGGUCAGGUUUGAUGUCAGGUUUGAGGUCAGGUUUGAGGUCAGGUUUGAGGUCAGGUUUGAGGUCAGGUUUGACGUCAGGUUUGAGGUCAGGUUUGACGUCAGGUUUGAGGUCAGGUUUGAGGUCAGGUUUGAGGUCAGGUUUGAGGUCAGGUUUGAGGUCAGGUUUGAGGUCAGGUUUGACGUCAGGUUUGACGUCAGGUUUGAGGUCAGGUUUGAGGUCAGGUUUGAGGUCAGGUUUGAGGUCAGGUUUGAGGUCAGGUUUGAGGUCAGGUUUGAGGUCAGGUUUGAGGUCAGGUUUGAGGUCAGGUUUGAGGUCAGGUUUGAGGUCAGGUUUGAGGUCAGGUUUGAGGUCAGGUUUGAGGUCAGGUUUGAGGUCAGGUUUGAGGUCAGGUUUGAGGUCAGGUUUGAGGUCAGGUUUGAGGUCAGGUUUGAGGUCAGGUUUGAGGUCAGGUUUGAGGUCAGGUUUGAGGUCAGGUUUGAGGUCAGGUUUGAGGUCAGGUUUGAGGUCAGGUUUGAGGUCAGGUUUGAGGUCAGGUUUGACGUCAGGUUUGAGGUCAGGUUUGAGGUCAGGUUUGAGGUCAGGUUUGAGGUCAGGUUUGAGGUCAGGUUUGAGGUCAGGUCUAGGGUCAGGUUUGAGGUCAGGUUUGAGGUCAGGUCUAGGGUCAGGUUUGAGGUCAGGUUUGACGUCAGGUUUGAGGUCAGGUUUGACGUCAGGUUUGAGGUCAGGUUUGAGGUCAGGUUUGAGGCCAAGUUUGAGGUCAGGUUUGAGGUCAGGUUUGAGGUCAGGUUUGAGGUCAGGUUUGAGGUCAGGUUUGACGUCAGGUUUGAGGUCAGGUUUGAGGUCAGGUUUGAGGUCAGGUUUGAGGUCAGGUUUGAGGUCAGGUUUGAGGUCAGGUUUGAGGUCAGGUUUGAGGUCAGGUUUGAGGUCAGGUUUGAGGUCAGGUUUGACGUCAGGUUUGAGGUCAGGUUUGAGGUCAGGUUUGAGGUCAGGUUUGAGGUCAGGUUUGACGUCAGGUUUGAGGUCAGGUUUGAGGUCAGGUUUGAGGUCAGGUUUGAGGUCAGGUUUGACGUCAGGUUUGACGUCAGGUUUGAGGUCAGGUUUGACGUCAGGUUUGAGGUCAGGUUUGAGGUCAGGUUUGACGUCAGGUUUGACGUCAGGUUUGAGGUCAGGUUUGAGGUCAGGUUUGAGGUCAGGUUUGAGGUCAGGUUUGAGGUGUGA